UGUACUUCCCCUGUGGGAAUUUGGUCUGGUCGUCAGAGUGUGGGGCCCCGUAUCGAUACAGACCUACGCGCCCCGCAGCGGGAGCACCCCGGAGGCGGUGGUCCAGAGCCCAGCGUGGCUUUGCUGCUACUUCUUCCCGCUCAGGAAACCGUGUCAGCGUCCUGCACGCCUCCUCUCAGCCCGGACAAGCAGCGUAUCGUGCCGGCCUUGAAUGUGGUCCAGGGACUGGCACUCAACGCGCCGAUUACCUGUAUGCAGGCUGCACGUGCCUCCCGUCCCUCCUGCCGACGGCUGGGUCCCAUGGGGACCAGCAGCCUCUGAGCGCACAGUGUCCUCGGCCCACACCAGCGUCCUCGGCGUUUCCUGUCUCUGUCAGCUCUAGAGCUGCGGAGGGAUGCUUCCCACUACACGGGGAGCAUGUCUUCCGUGUAAAGUGUGAACUGUUUUGUGUGCUUUGAAUCCAGUGAUGUGAGCACCCCAGGUAGGCCUGCUGGGUAUUUACACCAAGGUGCAUCUGCGUCCACUGCCAUUUGGCCUGGAUGACCCCGAGGAGUUGCAUUCUGGUGGGGACGUCACUGAGAAAGGUCCCUCCGCUUGAGUUCAGAGCCUGCAUUACACAGUGUCAGCGCACAGGCGACGUGCCAUCCUGGGAGUGAGAGAGCAGAGGCGGGGGGCCCGCGCUGCCUGGAUCCGUCUCUGGUGGUGCACAGGUUUUGGGGGGAAGAGACCUGUGCUGAGGUGUGACUCCAUGGUACGUUGGGUCCAGUUUGGAAGUCACAGAGAUCGGACCCAGGCCUGCUUCCGCGGAUUGCCCUUAUGGAGCCCCCUGUUAGACCCGGGAGGGUGAUGAGAAAGAGGGAUGCAGGGGGGCACGCUAAGGGACGGCGGCGUGCUGGUUCCUUAAAUGUGGACCAUCUCCGCAUCUGCCCCCGCAGGCAGUGGCCUGGGGGGAGGGGGAUGGGCAGGAGGGUCUGUUGUUAGGAGGUAGGCUGUGUAUCUAGGAAUGGGGUCCAGUAGGUGGGGGUUGGCACAGGGCCAGGCAGCUAGCCUGAAUGGCAGUGGAGGGUCUGGUCAGUGUCUUGGCCACCCGUCUGUCGUCACUUCUUGGGACGCAGCCCUGCUUUCCCUGUGUUUCCCCAGGCCCUUCCAACGUGAGUGAGCUUAAGGAGUAUGGUCGUGGGGGCUGGGGAAGAGAGGUGGCAGAGAAAAUGUUCCCGAGGUGAACAUAAAGUGACUGUGACUUCUGUCCUCUGUUGUUGCCUCAUUAAUUAGGGCAUUUGAGACUGUCCUGCCUCGACCUACUCCCCAGACACGCUGGGGGUAGUAGCUGGCCUACAGGCUUGAGCCCCGUUCUUUCCUGGCCAGGCCUGGGAGGGGUGCCCCGUGGCACACUUCCUUCUCGGGGGACAGCCUUUGCUCUGCGUCUCCCCCUCCUCCCUGUGGCUUGUAGGCAGAGAAUGCCGAAGCCUUGGCCCCCUCCGCAGAGCCUCCCUUUUGGGGGACCAGAUGAUAUUUCAGUGUGUGUCCGAGCCCGAGAAGUGUCCAGAUACUGCACUCUUUGGUAGGGCAGGUGCCGAGUUGGUCCGCUCCAGGCGUGAGCUUGGGCUCGUGGGGGAGCUCAGACAGUCGUGCGUGUACUGAUGCAGCCAUCGACGAGGACGCUGUCGGGGUUCCUGACGGUGGCGAUGACUGAGGGUACAUCCGUGGCUGAUCCAGUUACACUGAAAAUGGAACCAGUGUGAGAGCCAUUGGCUUUCUUGGGGUGAGAACGUUAGUCCAGAGAUGUGACUAAUAAUUCCCAGAAAUCCGGGAUAGGAGGGUUUGGGGUAGCCUGCACGUGGGUCCAGGGAAGGCCGGGCUGCACGCGUGGCCUGUGUUUGGGGAGAGCGUCUUGGGUUUCUGCCAUCUUGCAGGCUCUCCUUCUUGUCCCUGCCUCUGCUUGGCCCCUGGCGUUGGGACUGGCGAGUACCUGCACUGUUGUCCACAAUUUACAUUUCGAGUUCACAGGGUCUGUUCUGGGAGAUAGAAGAGAUGCUGGAGCAGAGCGUCCGCUCGGACCUGCCGUGUGCAGGAGGGGCCGGCAGCUCUGUCACGGGAGGGCAGGGCCGGGGCGACGCUGGCUGGGGAAGCGUGCCAUCCACGUGCUAGUGUAGUAUGUGCCAGUGAUCUGGGGCCAUGUGGGAGCUGGCCCUGUCCCUGGAUGGUGGCCCAGGGUGGGGACGAUCUGGAGCGGGUCAGGGAUGACGGGGGCUCUGCCUGGUGGCUGGUCUUGGUGCCCGCACACAGAAGGGGCUUUUCCAGGCUGAUGGGGAAGCAUGCUGGUGACACGCAGGCUCAAGGAAAACACUGGCUCUGGUUUGGGUUUUCCCUUUGGUGAAUAGUUCAACCCUAUCCCCAGGAGCAUGGCCUUGGGGUCAGCCGUUGCCUGAAUCCCGACCCACUGGUGCGUUGUUGUGGGCCCAGGGCCCUUGUUUUCUCCCUCCUUCACUCUGACAGUGGCCUAGGGCCCUUCUUUGGGGUUGGAGGCUGGUGGGGACGCGGGGGCUGGGGCUGCACCGUCUCAUCCAUUUGAGCAGAAUGUGAUGCGGUUAGGGGCGCCCUCCUCUGUCUGCACCCUGAGCCUGGCACUGGGCCUUCCAUCUUGCCCUGCCCUCGCUUUGUGCUGUGAGCAUGGGAGCUGUGUCUGGGACUGUAUCCUGGAGGCCAGGGGCCCCUCUUCUCCUGUGGCGGAGUCCAGCCCUGGCUGUGGUCCAGGGCUUGCUGGCCUGGGCUCAGGCACCCUCCUUUUCUUCCCCACAUCUCAGGGCCCCUGAGUGACUUGCUGUUAUUCUAGGAACCGGAGGUUUACAAUGGGAGGCAUGGCCAGGCCUGGGUCUUAGUGGCAGGGAUCGUGCCCUCAGUGCUAGUGUGAGGCCACGUGUCGAAGUCUACAGGGGCGUGUGGUGACAGGAAGAUGUGGGGCUGGGGUAUGCCGUGUAUCUCGUGUGACCCGGCGUGCCAGCUUUCCCUCUUCGGCUGUCUGUGCAUUAGGAAGGCAGGAAUGCCACCUGGCAUGGUGGCUGCGGCAGGGAAAGAAGGGAGCCUGGCAGGGUGAACUGUUGGUGCUGUUAGCUGUCCCCAGGCCCCUUCCUUCAAGGUCAGUCCCCUCCUGCCCACCCAAGGCUUCCUUACUUGUGCCCGGGCUACUGCGUUGGUCCAUCCGCUGUCCGCUGAGCAUGGGCUCUUGCGACUGGCUGACGGGAUGGCCUUGUUGUGCUGCCCAGUGUCGUGUCCAAGAUGCCUUGUGCUCUCGCCCUUGGCGUGCCCCACUGCCUCUGCUGCUCCAGCCUGCUCCCCUGCCGGGGGUCCGGGAUGCAUGCUGGCUGCCCAUUCACCGUCCCCACUUGCCUUCUUGACCCCCUUUCCCCACCAGGCACCCGUGGUGGCCUGGUCCUCCAUUGCCUGGACAGGGUGUGCUUUCCCGUCACUGUGCUUCUUCUGGGGCUGCUCUGUUCUGAGGAGUCCCUUUGGCCUCCCAGUGCAGGCCUUUCUGGGGACAGCACAGUGACCAGCUCUGUGCUGUCCCUCCUUCCCCUUCCCCCACACAGUGUGCUUUCAUCACGCUGGGUUUCCCCUGCUCGGUGGCUGUCAUCACGUCCCGUCGUCGUGCUGAGGUGUGCCGGCCUCCGAGCUGCUGCGGGGUGGGAUGCGGGGUUCUGCCCCGGUGGCUGCAGGGAAUCGGAAUGCUGUAGGCCUGCUGGACCCCGGACCCUGUCACAGCGCUCCACACGGUUCGGGAGGGCGGUGGCGGCGAGGGCUGUGGGCGCCAGCAUGCUCCUGUCUCUGCCGUGCUCUUGAGGGACCGUCUGCGUGUCUCACCGUUCACCCCGCGCAUGCAUGCAGCUCAGUGACUUUGGGACGCGCCUGCAGUGGCGCGGCUGUCCCCACACUCAUCUCCAGGCACGGCCCUCGGCGCCCCAGCUCUGCCUCCCGUCUCCGGAGUUUUGUCUCUGGCGUGGAUCUCAUAUGGCGGAAUCACACGCCAGAAAACCUGCAGAAGAACUGGCUUCGGGAAUUUUAUCAGGUCGUGCACACGCACAAGCCACACUUCAUGGCGCUGCACUGCCAGGAGUUCGGAGGGAAGAACUACGAGGCCUCCAUGUCCCACGUGGACAAGUUUGUCAAAGAGCUGCUGUCUAGUGAUGCGAUGAAGGAGUACAACAGGGCCCGCGUCUACCUGGACGAGAACUUCAAGUCCCAGGAGCACUUCACGCGCCAGCUCAGCGGGAGACAGAACAGGCCAUUUGUUUGGUGGCGAAGCUGGAGGCAGUGGGCAGUGGGCUCCGGUCUGCCUGCAGCAGGGCGUGAGGGCAGCCGAGGACAGGACCCCACAGGGCAUCUGAAACCCCAGCCAGGCAAAUGGCCAGGGCUGCUGUCACACACACAAGCUGACUUUUCCUCGAAGCUCUACAAGUGGGCUCCUUCUGGGCAGAGGGGUCUACAGCCAGAGCCGUGUCGGCGUCCCUUAGCACCGGGAACUUGGCAUCAGCCGGAGGCCCCAGGAAGCUGUGCGGUCUGUGGAGCAGCUCCCUGCUCUGAGCCCACGGUGGGGAGACAGACGCCUCCGCUGCCCGCGUGUCCCAGCCAGCGCCUUCAGCCCUUGGCUGAUUGGUUCCUGGAAAGAGGUACACAGGUGAGUUUCUUUUCUGUGAGGAUGCCAUGGUACCCCCGGAGCAUGCUUUGUCUGUGUACAGGGGAAGCCAGGGAGGAGACUUCGAUGCCCCCUGAAGACUCCCCUCCAGGAGGCACCCCACCCCCACCCCAGCCUGAAAGCUUUGCUUUGCAAAUCCACCGUGUCCCAGGGAGGUGCAGUGGCUGCUUUGUCCGUCCCCCCUGUAGUCAGACCAUGCAGUCGGGGGAGAGGCCUUGGGCCCUGAAGGGCUCCAUCCACCCCAGGAGGGUCCCAUCCACCCCAGGAGGGCCCUGCCUACCCCGGGGUGGGUGGGAGUUGGGUUCACCCCAGGAGGGCUCUGGCCAUACCUAGGAGGGGUUGGCUCCUGGCCUAGUGGCGCGUUCCCACACUCCCACUCUGGUGCCCACGCUCGGGGGCUCCCCUUGACUGCUGCUUGCCAGCAAACUGCUCCUUCUUACUUCUGCUCCCUGUUCUGGGGGCUCCUUCCUCAUGCCCAACCCUGUGUUGUGUUUUGCACUGCCGAGAUGAGGGUCCUCACAGGGGGAGCACAGGCCCCAAGGGCUCCGUGCUGACCUUGGAAUCGCUUUUCUGGGAGGGUCUGGGCCUCCCUCAGUGGGGGCCCUGUCUCCCAUUUGACCCAGAUCUGCUGGAGGCCUAGGGGGCUAGCAGCUGCUCUCUUCCUUCCCUCUGGUCCGGGCCUCUCCCUGCCCCCUCGGCGGCCCUAGUGCCUGCUGGAGAGGGGAGGCUGGAGAGGGAAGGCCAGAAGGUGUGCUCCUGGAGGAGGUCCUCCCCCCACGAUCAGCCCCCUCAUCCUGUCUCUGCUCUCCUAAGAUUUUAGGGGAAAUUUAUGGAAAAUUAAUGGAGUUUACUGAUGUUCUUUGAUCUGAGGAAGGGCAAGGGAGGAAAUGCAUUUCUGAUGAGGGAACUGAUCUGCUCCAGGAGAGGCCCCCCCUCCCCGCGGCUGCGCCCUGCCUCCGCGCCCUGCCUGUGGGGCCAGACAGGCCUGAUGGAGUGCGAGAAGCAAGAUUGGUUUUCCGAGGGCACCGGGCCCUCCGCGCUCAGCUAAAUCACACUGUCUGCUCUGCUGGCGGUAACGACCCGCUCCCCUCCGCGGCACCUGCAGCCCCGCGGGACGCAGUGAUGUGCGGCCGGGCAGCGGCGGGGGCCCGCAGUGAAGGUGAAGCUGUCAUAUCGAUCUUUUUAGCACUAAAAUAUGAGCCACUUUACUCCACUCCCCGCUGCUGUGAUGUGAAAAAUAAUAACUCGGAUCCAAAUUAAAAAUAUUGAUCUCUGGAAGGUGCUGAAAGUAAAUAAACACUUCCCGAAGUUUUCGGGUCAGCCGAGGAACGGUCUCAGCAAUAAAUGUGUCGGCACAUCGGGGUCCAGGGUUCUUGAUCUGUUUUUUCUCUGAAUUGAUUUUUCAUUAUUUACUUCCUAAAAGUGUUGGAAUUCGGUCUUCCCCUGUUAAAUCCCAGUGUUUGGGCAGAUUAUUUCCUUGGGGCUUAGGAGGAACUCCUUACCCACUCGCUCAUUGAUUGAUUGAUUUUUGACUCAAUAAGCUUGCAGUGCCUGCCUUAUUUAGGGCUUCUAUCAUAAUUUUUUAUACAUUUAGGCUUGACUUUUUUAUUUGCCUCUAACAGAUGAGGUGGCGUGGGGCUGUUGAGCGGGGGAGGGCGGUGGCCACAAGGUUAAUUUUAUCUGGCCCCUGCGUUCUGAGGAGACGCCGGGUGUGUCCCGGCCGCAGGUGUGGCCUGGCACAGCAGACCUCUGUGAGCCCCUGUACCCCACAGGGCCAUGACCCCAGGGCUCCGCCAGUGGCCCGCGGCCGGGGCAGGUGUGGCGGGCAGGCUGGGUCUCAUGCUGUGGUUCUUCCUGGCAUCUGGAGAAAAGGCUUUCAGGAGUCCCCAAGCUCUGGCCCGGUCCCCGUGGCCACGCAGCAUGGAUCUGUGUGGCCUAACGGGAAAAUGGGAGGUGUGGGUGCCAGGGGCAGCUUGGGAAGGACACAGGAAAUGGGGGGAUGGCCACUUCUGGGAGGACUUAGGACUUGAAACAGGGCUUGUGGCCGACAGUACGUCUUGCUGCCCCAAGAGUCACGGUUCCCUGUGACCAUUUCCCUUUCACUGGUGUCCGGAAUGAGAGGCUGCCAGGCACAGAGGCCCCGGGCUGGACGUUGGGGGUGGCAGGAAGAAGAGGUCCUGUCCCUGGGACUCUCAGGGGAUGCCAGCCCUCCCUGCCCUGGUCUGCACCUUGUGUGCCCCACACCUUCCUGCAGGAGGGCCCAGUGUGCACCUGCUUGGUGCCCUGCUCCCGAGCCAUGAGAUGUGGCGGCCCUGUGCUUUCUGCACGUGCUGUCUGUUGUUAAUGCUACGAGGUCAUACCAAGAGGCUUGCAGAGCCGGUGCUGGCUCUGGUCGGAGUACUCGUUGGAAGGCAUCCCACUGGACCUGCAUGUGACCCCCCUGGAUGGAGGAGGCAGAGGCAUGCAGAGGCUUCUCUGCGGUCGGAUGGGCGGAAGUCAGAACAGGUCCAAGAGGCUGACGGACGUUUCUGAGGGUGGCUGGUGUGCCGGCAGGAAAGAAGGAAGGCCGCCAGCCGGGGUGCAGAAGGGCCUGUCUGGGACGGAUGGGGGUUGCGGAGGAACGAACUGCUUUUCUCCAACCUGAUCUGGGAGCAGGGGUGGAAUGUUGUGGACGUAUAAGGGCCGACCACACUGGCAGGAUGGUGGUAUGGUGUGGAGGGAGCUGUGUGGCCCAUUGGCCCUUUUAGGAAUGUCACCCCUGCUCUAGGGUUUUGGGCAGGAAGUAGGAGGAGCCCCAUCCUCCUGGAUACAUGGCCACCUUCCCUGGGACUGAGAUGACCAGUCCCCAGCAGAGAGCUUGUCUCUGACUCCCAGAUGUCCAUGAGUGUCCAGUCCUGGAGUCCUGUUUUCUGACCGUAAUGCCAUUUUCUGGCAUUUCUCUUUGCUCUGGGCACCGUGUCUGCCUCCAGAAAGAACACAUUUUAGAAGGAUUGUGUACCCUCUAAACACAUAUGGGACGCUUGCUGCCUGCAUUAAGAAGUUUCAGAGGGCUGCCACUCCCAUUUCCUCCCCAAAGACUAAGGGUUGUCCAGGGGUGGCCACAGAAGGCUCCCCUGUGGAAAUGCAUGGCCAGGGUCCUCUCUGUGCCUUGGUUGAUGCAGAGAGUUGAGGCCAGGAGUUGGCCUCCUUCUUAAGAACCGGGGUCUGUUCUUCUCAGCAGAGGGCUUGGUCUGGCUUCGCGGGCACGAAGGAGACUUGAAGCCUUUCUGUCGGACUGCAGGGACGUCAGGAACGUGGCUGGUGUGCUCUUUGUGCGGGCUGUUGCCACUGGGUGGUCGCACCUGACCUGUGCUCUGGGAGCCCGUGCUCUAGGCUGAUGGGCACAGAGAGGGCCUCCGCCAGGAAAAGGAGGUGCUGAGAAAGGCACGUCAGAUCACCCUGCCAUAUACGUUAAGUACAUACAAUUCUAAAAGAGAGAGUUCCCUUACGGGCGCUUGGGUGGCUCAGUCGGUUGAGCGUCUGACUCUUGUUUUUCCGGCUCAGAUCAUUAUCUCAGGGUCAUGAGAUCAAGCCCCGUGUUGGGCUCCGUGCUUAGCAGGGAGUCUGCUUCUCUCCCUCUUUCUGUGCCCCCUCUCCCCCCCGAGUUCCCUCAGAAGAAUCUAUCACUGGAGAGGCAAAGAGCUGCUGUGGCCUCAGCUCCGGGGGCUAGCGUGGCCAUCCAGUUGUGGAUGGCGUGCACAGGUCCUCUUCCUCUGUGAGGAGGGCAGUGCACUGGUCAGCAGUGCGCUGGCAAAUCCGUAUGGAGUGUGUACCCAGUGUCAAUGCAAAAAGUUGAGUUUUGAAGGACAAGCAUGCUCAGAUUCGGCCAAAAUCUGGAACUGCAGCUCCACGUCAGCAGUGAGCUGAGACAUACAGGUUCACUCCUUCUGCAAACCUUGGUCAGGCCGUGCCAUGUGCACACAUGUUCUGCACUGCGGUCGGCAUGGCAAAAAUGGGACAGGAGCUCGUUUUCUACUGAGAGAGGAUGCCUGAGGGCAGGCGUGAGGCCGGAACCUAGGGCACCGAGAAAUCAGGUCACCUGGUCACCUCUGUGCCCACGUGGGCUGCCCAGAUUCUCAGCUCCCAGGGGCCAGCCUGUCCUUAGCCUCAUUUCACAGUGCGAAGCAGGAGGAGAGCAGUCCAGCAGCUCCCGUCCACAGCCUGGUGGGGCACAGCGCUGUCCUGCGGGGGCAGCUGGGCUCCACACAGCGUGGCACACCAUGCGCCAUGCGCCGCACACGAUGCCCUCGCGCUCUCUGUCCUUGAGCGUACAGACUCCGGGAGCCAGUGCUCACACAUAGCACCCUACUGUGACCCGUGGCAUGUCCCACGUGACCAUGCUACAUGUGACGUGACAUACCCUCACAUUCUCUGCCCACGUGGAGCAUGUGGACUCGGGCACAAGUACACGAGUGCACAGUUACCAAGUGUGAAGAGCACCCCAGAGGCCUACUGGAUAUGGGAGCCACAAGCAGGCUACUCCGAGGAGGGGACAUCUCAUCCGAACCUGAAGGAUGAGCAGGAGUGACCCACAGAAGGAAGGAGGAGAGAGCACUCCAGGUUGGGCGCUUGUGUGCGCGUGGAGGCCUCAGUAGACACGGGUCUCCACCUCCUGGUCCCCUUUGUGGGUGGCCUGCUGCCAGCUGUGGAGCACAUGAUUCUGGACAGCACCCCCCCUCACCUGCUGCCCCAAGGCCAUGCGCUUCCUGGUGGGAGCAGAGAGACCCAGCUGCAGGGCGACUCUGAAGGAAGACAGGGAAGGGCAAGUUCUAGCCAAAGGAGUCGGAACCCCAGUGGCACCCUCUUUGCAGUGCUACACUGGAAAACGGAUGACAGACAGGUACAGUGCCCGUGACAUCAGGCAUCCAGAAAGUACCAUACAGAAUUCCCAUUGGGCCAGCCUGCCAGCGUGCAAGCAGGGAAAAAUGAAGAGUAUAUCAGAUAUGUAAGAUCUGAAAAAAUUAUGUCCUCAGCACCCUUUGUGAAGAAGCUCUGUCAUGAGGUACUGUAUCCAAAAAAGUGGGCACGGGGUCCAAGAAACAUAGGAAACAGAGGGGCUUUGAACAUAGCAGCUCCCUUGACAUGUGUAGCAGGGAGUUCACACCUGCAUGGGAGUCGUCUCCACCAUGACCAGAAGUCUGCAGACGGCUUUACUCUGCUUCUUGGACAUGAUGCCCUUUCCAUCCAGCUCUGGAAACACUAGUGUGUGUGCUCCUGUGUGUGAGCCCUGAGCCCCAACUCUCAAGGGAAUCCCCGGGUCAGGAGUGAAAAUAGAGUCACCUGUACUAGGCAGGUGAGCAGUUAAUGAAGCUGGUUCACCUUUUAAGAGGAUUCUCCAAGAAGGUGUAAUCGAUAGGUUUCCUGAUGUGCUGAGACAUCCUGAGAUGAGAUGUACAGAGUAUGUGGAUGAAUCAUGACAACAUACAUAAAUACCUUGGUUAACGUAAAAAGAAGGCAGUAAUGAACUGCAGGAAAAACAAACAGCUGUUGAAGAACGGAAAGGCAAUCAUAAUGUUCUUUUCUUAUUUUUUAAGAUUUUAUUUAUUUAUUUAUUUGACAGAGAGACAGCCAGCGAGAGAGGGAACACAAGCAGGGGGAGUGGGAGAGGAAGAAGCAGGCUCCCAGAGGAGGAGCCUGAUGUGGGGCUCGAUCCCAGAACCCUGGGAUACGCCCUGAGCCAAAGGCAGACGCUUAACGACUGAGCCACCCAGGUGCCCCAAUCAUAAUGUUCUUAAGAAGAACAUUUCUAAAGUUACAGAGAUGAUACUGAUUAUUAAUUCAAAUAAAAAUGUGUUUAUAUCCAGAGGAUGGGGUAUCAGGGGUGCAUGUGUGUGACAUGUGAGUGAAGAGGGAACGCAGUGUAAGGGAAUCAAAUCUUCAUCUUCCGCUGCAGAAAAGUCAAGAGUUAAUGUUGAAAACAAGAAAAUCAGGAAGUAACAAAAUAAGUUUUAGUGAUAUGGAGGUAAAUAACAAAAGAAAAUAAGUAAAAGAAAGUAAUUUUCUCUGGGGAGGAGAAAAUUGAAAUGAUCAGGGAACUGCUGAUUUUCAUAAUAAUCGUUGCAGAACUGUGAUGAUUUUUUUCUUUUUACCAACUUAAAAAGAAAAAAAACCCUUAGAGGUCAGAGAUUCCUUCUCUUCAUGGUGACCUCAGAGAAAACUUUUGGCAAGAGGAGGAGGUGGUGAGAGGGAGAGGUGGCAUGUGGAUCUGUGCGUCAGUGCACUGAGCCGCGGGCAGGAGUCAUUCAGCCAUCUGAGCCAGGCUGCCAGAAAGAUUGGCAGCAACAGAGGAGGCUCGAACCCUGGUGACCUUUUGAGCAUCAAGCAAAGGAUUUGAAGAUUAGAUGGCCAGUGGGGACCCAUUGCAGUUUAAGGGAAGGAGGUGAGGUUAUCAGAGCUGUGGAGAGACAGAGAAGGGUAGUUGGGUUGUUCCAGGUUUAAGAGACCUAUCAGAUCUAGCUUUGAAGUUCUUGUGGACAUAAGUAUAGAGUGGACUCUGCUUUGUUCUUCUC